AUGCCAAACAAGAGACUGAAUGAUUCGGAUGAGGGUCCCCUCCGGAGCUGCCAGGGACCCCAGGGGGUGCCUUUCCAGGGCCCCGCCCGAGCGGCCCUGAUUGGCUGCAGCCCCGCAGGUCGCCUCCCCCGUCCGGCCCGGCGCCCGCUUCAGGUCUUCGCAGCGCAGUGCGCGGGAGCCGCGCGGGCAGCACGGCGGCGGCUGGGACCGCUGAGCACCUGCGGGGCUGAGAGGCACGGGGCGCGGCGUCGAGCCCCGCCGGGAGCCGACAGCGACGCCGACGGCGACUCCGCCAUGCCCGGCGCGCAGGAGCAGGGCGGCCCGGAGCGGCCGGGCGCGCGCGGGCAGCGGCUGACCGUGGUGUGGAGGAACGUGGUCCUCAUGGGCCUGCUGCACGCGGGGGCCGUGUACGCCCUGGUGCUCGUGCCCAGGGCGCAGCCUCUCACCCUGCUCUGGGCCUACUUCUGCUUCCUUGUGACCGCUCUGGGUGUGACAGCUGGUGCCCACCGCUUGUGGAGCCACAGGUCCUAUAAGGCCAAGCUGCCUCUGAGGAUUUUCCUGGCUGCCGCCAACUCCAUGGCUUUCCAGAAUGACAUUUUCGAAUGGGCCAGGGAUCACCGAGCCCACCACAAGUACUCGGAGACAGACGCUGACCCCCACAACGCACGCCGAGGCUUCUUUUUCUCCCACAUCGGGUGGCUGUUGGUGCGCAAGCAUCCGGAUGUCAUCGAGAAGGGGAAAAAGCUGGAUGUUGCUGACCUGCUUGCUGAUCCUGUGGUCCAGUUCCAGAGAAAGUACUACAAGAUCUCCGUGCUGCUCAUGUGUUUUGUGGUCCCCACGCUGGUGCCCUGGUACAUCUGGGGAGAGAGCCUGUGGAAUUCCUACUUCUUGGCCGCCAUCCUCCGUUACGCCAUUGCCCUCCAUGGCACCUGGCUGGUCAACAGUGUUGCCCACAUGUACGGAAACCGGCCCUAUGACAAGCACAUCAGCCCUCGGCAGAACCCGCUCGUGGCUCUGGGUGCCAUUGGUGAAGGCUUCCACAAUUACCAUCACACCUUUCCCUUCGACUACUCUGCCAGUGAACUCGGCUUGAAUUUCAACCCGACCACGUGGUUCAUUGAUUUCAUGUGCUUGCUGGGGCUGGCCACUGACCGGAAACGGGCCACCAAGCCCAUGAUCGAGGCCCGGAAGGCCAAGACUGGGGACGGCAGUGCCUGAAGCUGGGACUGCGACCACCAUAGUGCAUAAUGACAUCCUGGCCUGUGGCUUUUGUCACUGUCGUUCUCUCAUCCAUGGAACCAUAGGGGAGGGUAGAAGCGGGGAAGAGGAGAAAGGAAUGUAUGUGGUUGGAAAAUUUUGUAUUUGUCUCAAAAUAAUGUCAACUACAACUGUCAAUGAAAAAACUAAUUUUAAGUCAAUAUUAAUACUAUGAUGUAACAUUAAAACCUGGACAUGUGAUUUUACCACUGUAGUGACAGUAUGUCAAACAUACAUUGUUAUGUGCUUGUACAUGAUGCUAACCCUGGCAGGAUGAAUGUUAAAUUCUUCAGUGGGACCCAGGAAGCAUUUGUUUUAUUUUCUACCAAUUAAUCCAGAGUUGCUUUUAAAUGUACAUAAAGGAACAGAGAGACAGGAUAGAAGACAAAAGCAGAGGGACUGCAGAGUAACUGGAAAAUGUUCCUGGUUUGUAAUUACUGCGUCUGUCUGGUUUGCUGUUUGUUUAAGUGAGAGAACUGACAACCUUAAAAACUGAGGAUACAGGAAACAGCUUUUGUAUUUCGCUCCACACAGCUCUUGUAUUUCACUUUUUACCCUGUUUGCAACUUCCCAGUGUUCUGCUGUCUUUCCCUACCUGGCUAUUUUUAUGUCCUGAACCAUACAGUCAGCCCACCCCAUAAAUCAAUACCUGUUUACGUGUUCGAUUUUGUUCUCUUUGCUAUUGUUGUUUCAAAGGUGUAUAACUCAGACAUGCUAGCCAUCAAAUUAAACUUAAAUUAAGCUCACAUUCAAAUGUUUAGACACUUAAUUUGUAUUCUAAUUGAUCACAGCCAUCGAUGCAUGUAGCUGCUUCUACUUAAUAAGUGUAUUAAUUUUCCACACUAGGCUAGCCGAUCUUAAUAACCGACAGCUAUCUAGAGCUCUGUCUAGUAAUGCAUGUAGCCAUCAUUGAUUUUGUGGCAAAAUAGAAAGUGAUUAUUAUGUAGCAUCUGGAUUAAAACAAUUUCUGUGUGUUCAGUUGCCACGUAAAGCUCAUAUUGAAUUAAUGGGACUGCGUGACCUUUGUGUUAGGUGUUAGGGCAAAAGAAAGGCUUUAGAGUGUUGGUGUCAGAGUACUUUGAAGAUAGAUAUUUUCCAGAAAGAUGUAGUAUUUAAAAUUUACACUUUAGGAAAAGAAACGACAGUAAUUAGAAAUUGUCAUAAUGAAGUUUCUUCAUCCAGCAGGUGUUUAAUAGUGUUAAUUUUGUCAUUAAUAAUGUGUAAAUUAUGAGUGAUUUACAAUAAAUGAUUAUGCAUUCA